ACUUAGCACCAACAUUUACGGCACAUCCUCCAGAUCCUUUCUAUGUUUUGGAAGGUAGCAACAUUACCUCAGUGUGGCAGUACAACCUUGAUGGAUCGCUGGACGAUGUUGUCUUGCAGUUCAUCGGCAGCUCCACCACCCUUACGGUUGUGGACAAAUAUGACAUAAACCGCGACGCAGCGGUUCCAGAAACUGUUUACCAAGGUCGCGUUCAAGAACACAUCAAUGCCACACAUGCAGAAAUUACAAUCUUUGAUUUUCAGAGAUCGGAGAGUGGAGAAUACCAAAUUGAAUUAUUCAACAGUAAUCGCCAGCGUGCAAGCGACAGAGUGACUGUUCAAGUACAGUAUCCACCAGAAUUCACCAGCGUCAGUAAUGAUGUGGUUCUUGUUGAAGGUGAAGGUGACCCCAGUGUUACUUUAGAGUGUACUGAGGAUGGUGAACCAACGCCAAUCGUCACCUGGACCAGAGUAUAUGACAAUGGAGGUGAUGGUGGUGUACUGACAACUGGGAAUCAGUUUGUCCUUGAAAAAAACAGAACUAACAGUGGAACAUAUCACCGUACGGCAUAUAAUGGGAUAGGAACUGCACCAAAUCGCACAAUUAAAGUAGAAGUUAACUAUAUUGUCAAGCCAUUGGUGAAUGAUUCAACUAUCUGUGAAGGUGAUGUCAUUAGUAUCACUUGUCCAGCAGACAGUAGACCUGCAGUGCAUACUUAUCAACUGUUUGAGAAUGGAAUACCAGUUGCUGAUGGAAACAGCUCAGCUGGGGUGUGGAUAGUAAGCAGGGAUUUAAAAGAAGGAAACUUUAGCUACAGAUGUGUGGCUAAUAACACUAUCAGUACAUCUGAGGAGACUGUCAAUAUCACAGCGAAAGUACCCUCUAAAGAUUAUCCUUUGGAGAACAUCACAGUGGUAGAGGGUGAAAACAGGACUUUAACAUGUAAUACUUCUGAAAGUAUGCUGACUGUGACGUGGACAGAAGUUAGCACGAGUAGUCAGUCGAAUGGAAUCAUGCGCGAUCUUACAAACAUCAGCAGGAAUGAUGCUGGUGAAUACAAAUGUGAAGCUAGAAAUGACUGUGGAACUAGCUCUGCUAGCACUUUCCUCACUAUGCUCUAUAAACCAGAGAAUUUCAAGUUCACAGUGAGUAAAUCAACUGUGUGCCAGGGUACUGUGGUGACCUUCAACUGUUCAGCAGAUGGAAAUCCUGCAGUGGAUACCUAUCAGUUGUUUGAGAAUGAUUCACCUGUGAGUGAUGGCAGCAACAGUCUUGGAAUGUGGAGCAGGAAUAUGUCAAGUGGAGGAGUGUCCAUCUACAAAUGCAUGGCAAACAACUCUGCUGGAACAGUAUACAGUAUGAUCUUAACUGUUACUGUAAAUGUACCAUCUUCCAUACAAGUAAUACAAGAUCAGAAUGUGACAGAAGGCAACAAUUUGACUCGGACAUGUAAUGCAUCUGGAAUCCCUUCACCAAGGGUGUCUUGGAUUAAGCCUGAUGGUCAGAGUGAAAAUGGAAGUGUGUUAAAGCUUGUGAACAUCAGAAGGAAUCAAACUGGAGCGUACAGAUGUGAAGCCAGUAACGUUUGCGGCAAUGCAACAGAGAUGGCAACCAUUGAUGUGCAAUUCAAACCUGAGAAAGUGCUACUGACAACAUCUGCAGUGAACAAAAAAGCCUGUCUGGGUGACAUCAUCAACUUUACCUGCUCAGCUGAUGCUAAUCCAACAGUGACAUACCAGCUGUUCAAGAACGAAACUGCCAUUUUAAAAGCAAAUGCCGCAGGAAUGUGGAGCAAGACUUUGGAAAAUGAAGGAGUGUUUUUCUACAAAUGUGUGUCCAAGAACUCUCUAGGAUCAGAAAACAGCAUGAAUGUUGCUGUUACUGUGGACGUUCCUCCUUCAAUUAUCCAAAUAACACAACAUCAGAGUGUAACUGAAGGUGACAAUGUGACUCUUAUGUGUAAUGUAUCUGGAGUGCUCCCACCAAAAGUGUCUUGGAUAACACCUAAUGGUGAACGUGUUAGUAGAAACCCGUUGAAGGUUGAAAACGUUAGCAGGACUCAAGCUGGUGAAUACAAAUGUGAAGUCAGUAAUAAGUGUGGCAAUGCAACAAAUGUGACAAGAAUUGAUGUGCAGCUUCCUUCUUCAAUUAUCCAAAUAACACAACAUCAGAAUGUAACUGAAGGUGACAAUGUGACUCUUAUGUGUAAUGUAUCUGGAGUUCCCCCACCAACGGUGUAUUGGAUGAAACCUAAUGGUGAACGUGUUAGUGGAUACAAGUUGGAGGUUAAAAACAUCAGCAGGAGUGAAGCUGGUAAAUACAAAUGUGAAGCCAGUAAUGAGUUUGGCAAUGCAACAAAGAUGACAAGCGUUGGUGUGCAGUACCCACCAGAGAAUGUGCAAUUUACAUCAUCUGCUAUGGAUAACAAAGCAUGUACGGGUGACAUGAUUAGCUUUAACUGCUCAGCUGAUGCUAAUCCAUCGGUGACAUCAUACCAGCUGUUCGAGAACGGCACUGCUGUCUUAGACGUAAACCGUUUAGGGAUGUGGAAAAGAAACGUGUCAACAAGCGGAGUGUUCAUGUACAAAUGUGUGGCCAACAACUCCUUAGGAUCAGGAGUCAGCUUACAUGUUAUGUUGAAAGUGAAUGUGCCUUCAACUAUCGAAACAAUUCAAGAUCAGAAUUUAGCUGAAGGUGAAACUACAAAUCUGACAUGUGCUGCAUCUGGAAUGCCUCAGCCAAACGUGUUUUGGAUUAAGCCCAAUAAUCAAAGUGUUCCUGGAAAUGUGUUGAAGCUUGUGAACAUUAGCAGGAAUGAAGCUGGUCAAUACAAAUGUGACGCCAGUAAUGAAUGUGGCAAUGCAACAGCGAUGGCAAGCAUUAAUGUGCAUUACACACCACAGAAUGUGCAAUUUACAACAUCUGCCAUGGAUAACAAAGCAUGUACGGGUGACAUGAUUAGCUUUAACUGCUCAGCCGAUGCUAAUCCAGCGGUGACAUCAUACCAGCUGUUUGAGAACGACACUGCUAUCUUAGACGUAACCCGUUUUGGAGUGUGGAAAAGACACGUGUCAACAGGCGAAGUGUUCAUGUACAAAUGUGUGGCCAACAACUCUUUAGGAUCAGGAGUCAGCUCAUAUGUUAUGGUGACAGUGAAUGUGCCUUCAACUAUCGAAACAAUUCAAGAUCAGAAUGUAUCUGAAGGUGAAACUGUAGAUCUGACAUGUGCUGCAUCUGGAAUGCCUCAGCCAAACAUGUCUUGGAUUAAGCCCAAUAAUCAAAGUGUUGCUGGAAAUGUGUUGAAGCUCGAGAACAUUAGCAGGAAUGAAGCUGGUCAAUACAAAUGUGAAGCCAGUAAUGAAUGUGGGAAUGCAACAGCGAUGGCAAGCAUUGAUGUGCAUUAUAAACCAGAUAGUUUCAAGUUCACAGUGAGUAAAUCAACUGUGUGCCAGGGUACUGUGGUGACCUUCAACUGUUCAGCAGAUGGAAAUCCUGCAGUGGAGACCUAUCAGCUGUUGGAGAAUGAUUCACCUGUGAGUGAUGGCAGUAACCAUCUUGGAAUGUGGAGCAGGAACAUGUCAAGUGGAGGAGUGUCCAUUUACAAAUGCAUGGCAAACAACUCUGUAGGAACAGCAUACAGUAUGACCUUAACUGUUACUGUAAAUGUACCUUCUUCCAUACAAGUAAUACAAGAUCAGAAUGUAACAGAAGGCAACAAUUUGACACUGACAUGUAAUGCAUCUGGAAUCCCUUCACCAAUGGUGUCUUGG